AUGAGUUCCAGAGUAGCCUCUCAUUCUGGUUCGUGGUAUUCCGAUGACCGACGCACCCUCACCCGCGAGCUAGAUCAAUGGCUAGCUCAGGUCCCCGAUACGAUCGAGGGUUUGGGCUCCCUACCUGUUCCUGGUGCACGAGUUAUUAUUGCUCCACAUGCGGGCUACAGCUACUCGGGGGCUUGUGCUGCCUAUGCGUACAAAGCUUUGGAUUUGUCCAAAGCAAACCGUAUUUUCGUCAUCGGACCGUCGCAUCAUCGCUAUUUCACAACUCUUGCUUUACCAGCACUGACUGGCUACUAUACCCCGCUGUCUGAUGACCCUCUUCCGCUCGAUACGGAGCUUAUCUCCAAGCUCCUGACCAGCACCGCAACCGCGCCCGAUGGGUCAUCCCUCGGUUUCGAGACUAUGACCCGAUCCACCGAUGAAGACGAGCAUAGUAUUGAGCUCCAUCUUCCCUAUAUUCACCGUCGUUUACAGCUUCAGCACCCCGAUAAACCGACCGCCCAGUAUCCCCCGCUGGUACCUAUUAUGGUAGGCAGCACCUCUACAAUGACGGAGAGAGCAUUUGGAACCCUCCUGGCUCCAUAUUUAGAAGACCCAACAAAUGCAUUUGUCAUUAGCUCCGACUUCUGUCACUGGGGCCUGCGCUUUCGUUACACAUAUUAUGUUCCCCAGGCCCCUCACCCUGGUCCCAGGUUGCCGUUAUCUUCUACCGCCUUGCCUCAGCCUGGGGACGAACCUAGUGACAUAGAGGCCAAGAUGGAAGUGGCAGCUGCGGGCCAGUCUUUGCAGCGGCGUGAUCGUAUCGGUCGUGGACAGCCGGAGAUCCACGAGAGUAUCUCGACUUUUGACAUUGCAACCAUGGCGGCAAUCACCACGGGGAGGGCAGCAAGCUUUGCCGAUAUCCUCGAGACAACGGGCAACACCGUUUGUGGCCGCCACCCCAUUGGUGUAAUCAUGUCUGCUAUCGAGCAGGCUACAAAACCGGACGGUGGACAGAACGGCAAAUUCCACUUCAUUAGGUAUGAGCGGAGCUCGGAUAUUACCGAUGUACACGAUAGCUCGGUGAGCUAUGUUUCUGCAUUUGCGCUGCUGUAG